AUGACGAGGAACCGAUCAACAUUCAGUGUGAACGGGGUCAAAGGAGAAGGAAAUGUUGCUCUCAAUGGUGAUUCACACGGAAAAUACAUUGUAAAUGGACAUGACGAGACAGAAAAUGCUGACCAUGAGAAAAAACAUCCUACUACAGAUCACAUUUCCGAUGUUCCUGAUGUAAAGUUUAAGAAUGAAGAGAAAAGCAAAAACGAAACAGAUACAAGCGAUGAAAAGAAGAUCGGCAUUUUUGGGCUGUUUCGAUACUCAUCAUGUAUGGACAAGGUGCUGUUAUGUAUCGGAGCAGUAUGUGCUGCACUGGCAGGAUGUUGCUUUCCCUUAAACAUGUUCAUAUAUGGAAGAGUGGCCAACGCAUUGAUCUUAAACGAAGUAUUCAAAUCUGUGGUGUCAAAUAUGAACGGGACAUUCCCGCCUGACAACUUUACCACGACAAAUGGGAUGUCAUUCAGUGAACUGAAAAAGUACGAGCAUAUUUUUCAAAUGAUGAAGGAUGAAAUCAUCUGGUUCUGUGUGCUUGCCGUGGUAGUUUUCGUCUGUAUCUUCUUGGCAGUAGCGUGCUUCAGUAUUUCUGCAGAACAUCAGAUCCAUAGAAUUCGACAAAAGUUCUUCCAGUCCAUUCUCAGACAAGAAAUCAGCUGGUUUGACACUCAUGAAGGCGGGGAAUUGAAUUCGAGGAUCGCAGAGGACGUACAUUUGAUAGCAGACGGAAUCGGAGAUAAGUUUGCCACAAUGCUACAAUGGUUCAGUACAUUUAUUGCUGCAUAUGUAAUUGCCUUUGUGAUCGGUUGGAAACUAACUCUUUCAGUGGUUGGGUUCUGUCCGGUCAUAAUUCUGGUUGGAGCGACCUUAGUAAGGUUUAUGCGAAACUUAGCAAAGGAAGAAUCUCAAGCGUAUUCAAAGGCAGGUUCAAUUGCUGAAGAAGCCCUUGGUGCUAUUAGAACAGUUAUGGCCUUCAACGGACAAAACAAAGAGUGUGCUAGGUAUAACAGUCACUUACAUCAUGCCAAGUCUAACUCAGUGAAGAAGGGUAUCCUAGUGGGACUUAGCAACAGUGUGGUCUGGUUAUUGCUGUAUGGAGCAUUUGCUGUCGCCUUUUGGUACGGUGUUAAACUUAUACAAGAUCAGGAAGAAGGGUUUGAUCCAGGAAGCACACUCACGGUGUUCAUUGGAGUGAUGGUCGGAUCAAUGUCGUUGGGAAAUGCACUACCCACUGUGGAGAUUCUUGGGAACGCUCGAGGAGCUGCACAAAAAGUCUUUGAGAUCAUUGAACUCACCUCGAAGAUCGACCCAAGUUCUACAGAAGGCAAGAUGCCUGAUAAGUUUGAGGGAAACAUUGAGUUCAAGGAUGUCGAAUUUGAGUACCCUGCUCGCCCCGAUGCAAUGGUGCUGCGGGGAAUGAGUUUAAAGGUCCGUGUUGGUCAAACAGUGGCACUAGUUGGAUCCAGUGGAUGCGGGAAAAGUACGGUGGUACAGUUACUACAGAGAUUCUACGACCCCCCGGCCGGUCAGGUGUUGUUGGAUGGUUGUGAAAUCAGCACGAUAAACGUGAACUGGUUACGGAGACAAAUAGGUGUGGUCAGUCAGGAGCCGGUGUUAUUCGCCACCACAGUUGCUGAAAAUAUCCGAUACGGACGUCUCGAUGUUACAAUGGACGAGAUCAUAGCAGCCGCUCGGGAAGCUAAUGCACACGAUUUUAUAUCCCAGUUUCCAGACGGAUACGAUACAUUAGUGGGAGAAAGAGGUGCCCAGAUGAGUGGAGGACAGAAACAAAGGAUAGCCAUUGCCCGGGCUCUGGUCAGGAAUCCUAAGAUUCUAUUGCUGGACGAGGCUACAUCGGCUCUGGAUAACGAAAGCGAGUCCGUUGUACAGGCAGCCCUGGAAAAGGCUCAGGAGGGAAGGACGACAAUUGUAAUAGCUCAUCGUCUGUCCACCAUCCGUAAUGCAGAUAUCAUUUAUGGCAUUCAGGGGGGACAAGUGGUGGAACAGGGCACACACUCUGAGUUGAUGCAAGAGGAUGGGCUUUAUAGUCAACUUGUAUAUCAGCAGAGUCAUCAAAUGGAUACAAAUGAAGAAGUGGCUGAUGAACUUGAACAUGAAUUGUUCGAUGGAGAUGAUGAAGUAAAAUUGCCUUCCAUCAACAACAUUAAGCCACAUUACAACACCAUACAGUCCAGUAAUGACGAAAGGCCAACAUCGACUAUAAGUAAAAGGAAAGAUGAGGAAAAGGUACACAAUAAUGAAGAUGAAGGGGAGAAUGAAGACGAUAAUGUUACAGAUGUGUCCGUGAUAAAAGUACUGCGAAUGAACUCUCCAGAAUGGUACUACAUUCUAGGUGCUUGUAUGUGUUCUGUACUUGCCGGAAGUACACAGCCUGUUUUUGCCAUUAUAUUUGCAGAAUUUCUCAAAGUGUUUACAAUGGCUGACAAGGAGGAACAGACAAACAAGGCAAACUUUCUGGUUGGCAUGGUAGUUUGCGUUGCAGUCGGCAACGGUGUUAUUCGCCUGUUGAUGAGUAUAUGUUACUCAACAGCUGGUGCGAAGUUAACUGCACGUUUCAGGAGGCUUGCUUUUAGAUCAUUGAUAUGGCAGGAUAUCCCAUUCUUUGACGACCCUAAAAACCGAGUUGGAGUUCUAACGACAAGGCUGGCGCUUGAUAGCAGCUUAGUACAAGGGGCAGCCGGUAACAAGGUGGGAGCAGUUCUAGAGUCUCUAUCAACUGUUUCUGUCGCUGUCAUCAUUGCUUUCAUACACAGCUGGAAGUUGACUCUUGUUAUCUUUGCUUUCAUGCCCUUGAUGGUGGUAGCUGGUGUUAUACAUAGUAAAAAGCUGACUGGCUUCUCUAAGGGAGAUAAAUCUGUCACUGAAGAAGCAGGAAAGUUGACUAGCGAGGUCAUCAAUAAUAUACGCACAGUCGCUUCCCUUACCAGAGAGCAGUCUUUUAUUGAAAAGUACACUGGGUUUCUGGAUGUCCUUUACACAAAUGGUAAGAGGCGUAGUUUCCUAAAUGGUGUAAUGUCUGGGUUAUCUCUAGCCUUCAUGUUCUUUGCCUAUGCUGCCGCCUUCGCCUACGGUGGUUAUCUUGUACAGUACGAAGAUCUGCCAUUUCAAAAUGUGUUUAAGGUUUUUAUAGCAAUCGUGUUCGGUGGAAUGUCCGUUGGAAGACAAAGUUCCUAUACACCUGAUUACAAUAAGGGAAAGAUAGCUGCCGGUCGCCUGUUCAACAUGAUAGAAAUGAAGCCUUCGAUUGAUGCAGCUAGUGAUGAGGGUGAAGUCAUGGAGGAAUUUUCAGGAAGUUUACUACUAGACGAUGUUCACUUCCGCUAUUCUUCGAGACCGGAAAUUGAAGUGCUCCGUGGUUUGUCCCUGACUAUUCAGACAGGGGAGACGGUGGCCAUGGUGGGAACUAGUGGCUGUGGUAAAUCUACCACGGUACAGCUGUUGGAGAGGUUUUACGACACGGAGAGCGGGCAGAUUCUUGCAGACGGUAAGAAUAUUAAAUCCCUAGAUCUAAAAUGGUUCCGCAAACAAAUAGGAAUUGUUUCCCAGGAACCAUGUCUGUUUGACUGCAGCAUCGCAGAAAACAUAGCCUACGGAGACAACAGUAGAGAUGUAGCCAUGGACGAAAUCAUCACAGCAGCGCGCAAGGCUAACAUUCACAAUUUCAUUGAUAGUCUGCCACUAGGCUAUGAUACAAAUGUUGGAGACAAGGGGACACAACUCAGUGGAGGACAAAAACAAAGGGUUGCCAUAGCCAGAGCUUUGAUACGUAACCCAAAAAUCUUGCUUCUAGACGAAGCUACUUCAGCCUUGGAUGCAGAAAGUGAAAGGGUCGUACAGGAGGCACUUGACAAAGCACGUGCUGGUCGGACAUGUCUGGUUAUUGCUCAUCGUCUUUCCACUAUUCAGAACUCGGACCGCAUCGCUAUUCUACAUAAGGGUGAAGUAGUAGAACUUGGCAGUCAUUCCGAACUCCUUGCGAAGAAAGGAAUUUAUUACAAUCUCAGUCAACACAAUAGCAAAAAGACUGAUCUAUAA